AUGAAAAAGUCAGCUGUAAAAAUAUCUGUUUCAGACUCUGGAUCAGAAAAUGAAAAUGAAGAAUCAGAAUAUGAAAGAGAAAUUAGUGAAAACGAACAAAUUUCUUCAGAGGAAUCGGACAAUCAGAGUGACAGUCAAGACGAAGGAGUAAUGUUAACAAAUGAGGGCUGGGCCGAUUCUGUUGCAAAGAUUUUAGGUUCUAGUAAGCCAAAAAAUAAAAAGACUUUAGUAUUAUCAAGAGCUAAGAAACAUUCAGAAAUAAUAAAAAAGGAUAAAGAUGAAAAACCAGCAUUUGAAGUAGUUGGCGACAGUGAGCAAACUAAGAACGAAGAAAGAAAAGAAGAACUUGUUUCAUCUGAGCCUCCAAUAAAGAAAAAGAGACAUGAAAAAUCAACCAUCAGACUUAAACCAAACAUUUUAGAGAAGGACAGGGAGAGACUCUUAACUAAAAUAGCAACUAAAGGUGUGGUACAGUUGUUUAAUGCAGUGAGGAACCAACAGAAGACACUGGAAAAAGAAUUAAAUAAAGAUUUAACGGAAUCCAAGAAAGAGAAGAUCUUAAAAAAAUUUGAUAAGAGGGCAUUUUUAGAUACGUUAAUGGGUCAGACAAAGUCUAUAGUUGUGGAUGUACAAACACAGUCUUUAAAAAAUGAAGUUAAAACUGAAGAAGAAAAACCUAAAUGGAAUGCUUUAAGAGAUGAUUUUAUGAUGGGAGCAAAGAUGAAAGACUGGGACAAAGAACCUACUGAUGAUUAA